GGUGUGUGUUUACUAAGAACUUGAGCUCCAUCACCUGAUUCCACUUGGACCAGCUCUCAACACCAUGUCGGAGCUGUACAUUCGGGUGGCUGAGGAUGAAAGUGAGGAGCCCAUGGAGAUCCCCUCAGAAGACGAUGGGACGGUUUUGUUAUCAUCGGUGGCAGCUCAGUUCCCAGGGGCUUGUGGUCUGCGGUACAGAAACCCAGAGUCCCAGUGCAUGAGGGGGGUUCGGCUUGUGGAGGGAGUCCUGCACGCGCCUGAGAGCAACUGGGGGAACCUGGUUUAUGUCGUCAAUUACCCCAAAGAUAACAAAAGGAAGAUGGAAGAAAUAGACGCUGCCUCAGCUGUGAAAGUUAAAAGAGGCUUUCAGAAGACAUCAGAUCUAAUUGUGCUCGGAUUGCCUUGGAAAACAACAGAACAAGACCUGAAAGAUUAUUUCAGUACCUUUGGGGAGGUCAUCAUGGUGCAGGUGAAAAGAGAUGCAAAAACUGGCAACUCGAAAGGUUUUGGGUUUGUCCGGUUUGCAGACUACGAGACACAAACUAAAGUCAUCGCUCAGAGACACAUGAUUGAUGGACGGUGGUGUGAUUGUAAACUUCCAAAUUCAAAGGCAUGUCCUGAUGAGCCCAUGCGGAGCCGUAAAAUCUUUGUUGGCCGCUGCACAGAAGACAUGACAACUGAUGAUUUGAGGCAGUACUUCAUGCAGUACGGUGAAGUCACUGAUGUCUUCAUUCCUAAACCUUUCCGGGCAUUUGCYUUUGUCACAUUUGCUGAUGAUCAGGUUGCCCAGGCCCUGUGUGGUGAGGACUUGAUCGUCAAGGGGGUCAGCGUGCACAUCUCCAAUGCUGAGCCCAAACACAAUAAUAGUAGGCAAAUGAUGGAUCGAGGGCGGUUCGGGGCUGGUGGGUUCAGUCAGGGUUAUGGUAGUAAUCGRAGUGGGCUUGGCAGUGGUAGCGGCGGGGUUAAUUUUGGGGCUUUGGGUCUUAACCCGGCCAUGGUGGCCGCUGCCCAGGCAGCUUUGCAGGGCAGUUGGGGAAUGAUGGGCAUGCUGGCUAACCAGCAGGGUCUGAACACAACAGCAGGCACAGCCUCAACAACCAGAGAUCAGACGUACAGCUCUGCCAGCACCAGUUACAGCAGCCCCAGCUCAGCUAGCCUUGGCUGGGCUGCAGGCACUAAUGCUGCUUCCAACAGCGGCUUCAGCUCUGGCUUUGGCACGUCUAUGGAGUCUAAAUCCUCUAGUUGGGGAAUGUAGAUAGCUAGAAAUUGACCUUUUCUGUCGCUGUUAGGCUAAUUUGGUAAGUAUGCUUAUAUGGAGGAAUGGCUUGUAUCUUAUUUAAAAAAAUACACUGCCUUUUAUUUUAUUAAAGCUGAAAUUUCUACUGGUGUGACUGAUGAUGUCAUGCAUUGAAUGCAUGAAAAGUUUAGUGUUUGGAAUCUUCACACUUAGUUUUGUUUUUGAGCUUAAGUUACAAACAUGACUGCAUGCAUAAUUAUUUAUAAACAUGCACGAACGAGUAUCUGGAGAUCCUCCCCCCACAGUCAGUUAUAUGGGCAGUAUAUAGUUAUCUAUAUGUUUAUGAUUUUGGUUGCAUUUUUUUUGUUUAUCUUUUGUAAACGCCUUCAUAAAAGUUUCUUCUGCAGUUCAUCAACUCUUUCACAAUUUCCCGGGAGGACUCGCGUCAUUGGCAGCAAUGUUGGGCAGAUCUCAGUA